AAUUGUAUUAUCUAUAUUUUUCUGUAAGCCUAACUGCCUUAACUUCCAGAUCCAGACACAACAGAAACUUCAGAAGUACAAUAAGUAGAAACUGGGCAACUGGCUAUCGCUCAUCGAGUUCAAAGUUCUAGCAUUUAAAAGUCUUGUCAUCUUGUCCAUUGUGGACGACUGCAGGUUUUAUAGUUUUGAGAAUUGAGAUCACUGAAAUGGAGUUGAACACCAUGUAUGAUAUAAAUAUAGUUAGUCAAAUUGACGAAGACCGUGGAUUAUUUGUUGUUGUUGAACGGUUUAAUAGCGGUUCAACAGAAUAUUUUCAAAACUAUUAUAAACAACUUUUAGGUUUUAACAAUUGUAGCGAGUGGUUUGAAAAAAUUGACUAUCCUAUUAUUGAAACUGGAAAGGUAGUAAUUGUUCAAGUUGAUGCAAACCCCAAGGGUAACCUAUGGGCCCGUGGUAUUAUAUCAAAAUGUCAUCAUCAUUACAAUUUAUGUCCUGAAAUUUAUUUGAUCGACUCUCAGAGAUUCAUUGACAAAGGCAACAUGUUUGAAUUAAGAAUAUGUCCACCCAAAUUUUUGCAGCUUAUACUUCCAACUUACUAUAUUGAUAUAGACCUUUGUUUAAAUGAUGAUGAUUUAAAAAUUGCAAUCAGAAUCUUGAUGAAAAAAAAUCAGUAUGGUGAACUAAGUUUCAGUUUUAUUCCUCAUUCUUUUGAAAAUAAUGUUUACUCGGGUAUAUUAAUUGUAAACUAUAAAGUUAAUAACUUGAAUAUUCCAUUAAAAAAAUUAUUAAAAAAUGUUCACACUAAAAAAAUUUUUGCAGAAAUUCCCCAGUACAAAAAUCAAGUAUAUUCAAUUUUCAAUCCAAUAAAAUUAAAAUAUUUGAAAAAAAUUUUUAUGCCAAGAGAACCAAAUGAUAUGGUAUUUUUAGAAAAUAAUCUAGUUUCGAGUUGCUGUAACUUGAGUGUUCUUAAUGAUUCAAAUACAAAUCUGUCGUAUGAUUCUAUAAAUGAAUUUUCCUCAAAUUCUAACUACUCUGAAAAUAUCUGCUUUAGCAAUGACUCAGAAUUAGAAAUAAAAAAAUUAGAAAAUAUUUGUGUUGCUCCAUUAGCAAAACAAAAAGUUUACUCUUCUAAUAGUUCUUUGAUGAGUAAGAGCAGCUCUUCUUUACAAUCAAUAACUUCUAAUAAUAAUAAUAAUAAUAAUAAUAAUAAUAAUAAUAAUAAUAAUUGCUCUAUGCCACAAAUAAAACAAUGUAACAAUUCUAUUAUGACGAGAAUGCCUAAAUUGAAAGAUACUGGAUGUCAGGAGAAUAACAAGCCAACUUUAACCCAUGAAGUAUUAGAUACACCUAAAAUACAAUUAAAAUCAAUAACCGACAUAAAAGCUAUAAAUACUACAAUGGAAAAUUCAGAUAUAUGGUGGUCUGACGAUGACGAAAAUUAAUAACUCCUUAAUUAUACUCUAUAAAUAAGAAAACAUUAUUGUCUUUACUAAUUUAAUUAUUUUCACUUUUGUAACAUUUAGUACAAAGAAUACCUAUAAUAAUUAACUAAUAUUUUUUUACUGAUAAUUUAUGUUAUAUUAUAAAUAAAUUGUAUAUUUUAUUACUUAUUAUUAGGGCCCAGAUUUAAAUGCACUUAAAACCAUACAAAUAUGCUCUAAAAAAUAGCCAAAAAUGCAUUUUACCACAAAAAUGAAAAAAUGACCUUAAAAUGCCGUAUUUUUUUUUAUUCAAUUUGUAAUUUAUAAAUAAGGUAUAAUCAUUAUUUAUUAUUUUAUUAAAAAAAAAAAAACUGAAAAUUUGAAAUGAUGACUUUAUGCUGACACGCUUACGUUUUGGUUGUUUUAGGGAAAUAUUCAUUCAAAACAUACCAAAAUAUAGAUUAAAAUUUAUGUAAAAUUAAAAUUCUAAGAGCCUAUUGUACUUACUAAAUUUUGAGCAUUGCAUUGAACAAUAAUAAUAUAUUGAUUAAUAUUUAAUGUUCAAACUCCAAAGAUCUUCUAUUUAUCGUAUAUUGAACAAAUAUGCAUUAAAAACCAAUAAAAUGACCCAAUAAUGCUAAAAAUGAAAAAAUAUCGAAAUAUGCAAAAAAAAUGCAAAAUACAAUUUGUAGCUUUGAAACCCUCGUUACAUGAAACGAAUUAUGUACUUAGAAAGCAUUGUGUAAAAUCAACCAAAAAAAUAUGCACUUUGCAUUGAAAUCCGGGCCCUAAUAUAAUAAUAGAAAGGCAAUGUUGUCAAUAUUUAAUUUAUAAUUUGGAUUUUACUAAUUAAUGUUAAGUAGAUAUAAAUCUUACAAGACCACAACACAAUUUGAUCAAAAAAAAAAGUUUUUUAUUUUAGUAGUGCUAUUUUACGAUGUUUUAGGAACUUCAUAUAAAAGUUUAAAAGCAUAUAUAAUGAUGUUCAAAAAUUAUUUGCUGGAAGUUCUCAAGUGCGCAUGUAAUCCAAAAGUAUGUCCGAUUAAAUUCAUUAAGUCAAAAUAAAUAAUUUUUUUUAA